AAAAGCAAGAAGUGAUAAGAAAGGUACAACCUGUAAACGUUGUGGACGAGAAUAUUCAACUCCUCAAAAACUUCGUGAGCAUCUUAAGCGAAAAAAUCUAUGCAAACCAUUACAAAAGCAGAAGGAAGUAGCUUCUAUUCAAACGCUAAUUCAGGUGCCUAUCCAAGCUUCUGAAAUCAAUGCACAGGUAGAAAGCUCUAGUGUAAAUAAGAGCAAUAAGGAAAAGCCACAUGUG